AUGUCAGAUCCCUUUGCUGAGCUACCCCUGGAGGUGCUACAGCUCAUACUCGACCACGUGCACCCUUAUGACUGGCGGGAUCCGCGGAGCAGGGGUCUGCCAAGGAACAGAUGGCUUCCUUUUCUCUCCGCUGUGAGUUCUCCACUACAGGACGAGCGACGCACACACACCGACAUCAUGCAAGCCUAACCCGUACGCAUUUCCCGCAGUCUCCAGCAUGCUUUGCAUACAUCAUGCGAAAGAAUUGGCGUCACUUGACCGCGCGCAUGGAUCGUAUCCUCGGUCAGAUCGAGAGCCUAGAAGCCCUUCCUUGGCUUUGUGAUGAGGUCCAGAGCGUGAACACCGGAGAAGAGCACUUGUCGUACAACGCGUUUGCACCGGAACUGUGGAGCCCAGGAGGCUCGCGAUGCGCCUUUCUCGAUCCGGAUAUCAGGUCAAUUCCCCCCAUAGAGACCCGCGUCUUUAUGGACAGACGGCGUAUUCUACGACGGCUAUACAGCGACCAUGAGAACCUCCUCACCUCAGAAAUUGUGGAACGGCUUGCUCAGCGCAAACAAAGAGCAGUCGAGCAAGGACGGCCUGAGUCGCCUCUUCCCCCUUGUCCUUUGCGCCAUCUGUGUGACCUUUGUGCCAAUCAAGACAAAGAAGGAUGGCCAUGGAAGGAACCGGCAGACUUUUAUGAUUCGGAUGCCUUCACAUUCGAAACUCCAGAUGCCGAUUGGACAAAGACAGAGGACGCUCUUGCAGGUCGCAAUGGACCUUUCGGCAAGGGUCUCAUACCAAACAUGGAAAAUUACAACGACUACGAAAAGGCUUUGCUGCGUCUGCUUGAGCUGUGCAGGCCUGCACGGUUGAUUUGCGAUGAGAGAGCCUGGAGGCUCUCGGAGGAAGCGGUCACACGCAUUGCCGAAUUGGGAUGCGUCAAGGAACUAAGCAUCGGAGCGCAAAUCGUUGACUGCGGGGUUCGGAAUGCUGGCUGCACUAGUAACGACACCCACAUACCAAUCCCAUGUGAGGCGUUCGAGCGCUUUGUUGCCGUAGCAGUGGGAAUACUUUGCUGAUGGACCUUGAUCUCAGCCUAUUACGCCCUCCUCAUAAAGCAAGCUGAAAAACUCACAAUCUCUGUGGAGUGGCAGCACGAUGACGCGGGACGGGUAGACGCAGCUGAUUUUAACGUCGAUGAAUGGGACGCGGAGUCGUUACGCGCAGAGUAUGCGACUUCUGGGGACGCAAGGCAGAUUUUUCCGCCCCGGAAACUCAUUGACGACGCAUCGCCCAAUAGCCUCGCAGGUCGUCUAUUGUACCUGCUGGAGGCAGCGACGCAGGUGGAACAGCUGGUCAUCAUGGACAUGUUCGCUGAGGCAGCACUGUACAGUGCGCGCCUAUUACCUCUUUUCGCAUGCCUGCACAGCUUGUUAUUUGCGGAUGCGUACCAUUGUGGAGAGGAGUCUCCGGACUUGGACGGCCCCUCGGCCCCGACUACCCACGCGCUUCAACAACUGCGCCCGGAAUUCCUGGACCUCGUAGCCGCAAAACCUCAAGCCCCUUUCCUCACGGUUGAAGACGUUCAACAAGUUGCCAAUCAAGAGCAAAUGAAGCCAAUUGCCGAAAACUUGCGCAAAAUGGCACCUCAAAUUGUUGAGCGCUUCAAUGCAAGAGAAGGCUUCGAUACGUCCAAAGCUGGCUAG